AUGUCCACACGAAUAGCUCAAUCUUCACGCACAACAUUUCGCAGUCCCGCCUUUCAACAAAUAUUUGGACGAAAUGCAAGCUAUCAAUCUGCUCGAAGUGUAACCGAUGAAGCUUUCCUUUCGGCAUUGGAGAUGGUUACUCACACAGUCGGUGCUCCUCAAUCGCCAAUGCAUCUAACUUUGGAUGGAAAUGACUAUCAACAACUCCAAGAGAUCAUUUUAAACAAUGCCACACAGGAUCUGGAAAUUGCCGAGAAUGAUUCGGAAAGAUUUCCCACACUUUCACAAAUCCAGGAACAAGGAGGCAGCAAAAUU